GCGCGGGGCGGGGCCUCGGUGGCCCGAGGUGGCCCGGGUGCUGGGUCCCCAGCGGCGCAGUCCGGCUCCUCCCGGCCCCGGGAUGGCGUCUCCGCGAGAAUUGACUCAGAACCCUCUGAAGAAGAUCUGGAUGCCUUACAGCAAUGGGCGGCCCGCCCUGCACGCCUGCCCGCGCGGUGUCUGCAUGACCAACUGCCCCACGCUCAUUGUCAUGGUGGGCCUGCCUGCCCGGGGCAAGACCUACAUCUCCAAGAAGCUCACUCGCUACCUGAACUGGAUUGGUGUGCCCACGCGGGAAUUUAACGUGGGCCAGUAUCGCCGGGACAUGGUCAAGACCUACAAAUCUUUUGAGUUUUUUCUUCCAGACAAUGAAGAGGGCUUAAAGAUCCGGAAGCAGUGUGCCCUGGCAGCCCUCUGUGAUGUCCGGCGUUUCCUCAGCGAGGAGGGAGGACAUGUGGCGGUUUUUGAUGCAACUAAUACCACACGCGAACGAAGAGCAACCAUCUUUAAUUUUGGGGAACAGAAUGGAUACAAGACCUUCUUCGUUGAGUCCAUCUGUGUGGACCCUGAGGUCAUAGCCGCAAACAUUGUGCAAGUGAAGCUGGGCAGCCCCGACUAUGUCAAUCGUGACAGUGAUGAGGCCACCGAGGAUUUCAUGCGGCGCAUUGAGUGCUAUGAGAAUUCAUACGAGUCCCUGGAUGAGGACUUGGACAGGGACCUGUCCUACAUCAAGAUCAUGGAUGUGGGGCAGAGCUACGUGGUGAACCGUGUGGCUGACCACAUCCAGAGCCGCAUUGUGUAUUACCUCAUGAACAUCCAUGUGACCCCCCGCUCCAUCUACCUCUGCCGUCAUGGCGAGAGCGAGCUCAACCUCAAGGGCCGGAUCGGUGGGGACCCGGGACUAUCCCCCCGGGGCAGGGAGUUUGCUAAGAGUCUGGCGCAGUUCAUCAGUGACCAGAACAUCAAGGAUCUGAAGGUCUGGACGAGCCAGAUGAAGAGGACAAUCCAGACGGCUGAGGCCCUAGGGGUGCCAUAUGAGCAAUGGAAGGUUCUCAAUGAGAUUGAUGCGGGUGUAUGUGAGGAAAUGACCUACGAGGAGAUUCAGGACCACUACCCUCUGGAGUUUGCCCUGCGGGACCAGGACAAAUACCGGUACCGGUACCCUAAGGGGGAGUCCUAUGAGGACCUGGUGCAGCGGCUGGAGCCAGUCAUCAUGGAGCUGGAGCGGCAAGAGAACGUGCUGGUCGUCUGCCACCAGGCUGUGAUGCGCUGCCUCUUAGCCUACUUCCUGGACAAGGCGGCAGAAGAGCUCCCCUACCUCAGGUGCCCGCUACACACAGUCCUGAAGCUGACUCCCGUGGCCUACGGUUGUAAAGUGGAGUCCAUAUUCCUGAACGUGGCGGCCGUGAACACACACCGGGACAGGCCUCAGAAUGUGGACAUCUCAAGACCUCCUGAGGAGGCGCUCGUCACGGUCCCUGCCCACCAGUGACCAUGCCUCACGUCACUCUGGGCCGGCGUCCAUCUGUUGACAAGUUUACACCAGACCUUCCCGUCCAUGUGACAAUCACCGUGAAGGAACACCCUCUGAGUCAGGCAUGGCCAGUGGCCCCCAGGACACCACCUCAGACCACCUGCUUCUCUAUCAAUGGUCAGCAGUGGGGUCACACCUGGUGCUCAGCCUGCUGAAAAACUGUGGCCAGACUACAGACAGGGACAGUGACCAACAGACGGGGACAAACGGUGACAGCGCACGACAGACAAGGAUAGGCAGUGACAGACUGCGGCCGGUGUAGAAGAAGGACCCUAAAAUGUGGAAGACAAAGCACUUGCUAGACUGUCCCCCUGGGCGACAGAGCUGUGGGGGGUGGUCAGGGAGACCCCUGCAGGGCCCUGCUGUCCUCUGCACCUGAGCCUGAGGCCAGGCCUUUUCAGCAUCUGCAGCUGCUGUGGCCACAGGAGAGUGGGAACCCCCCGCCUCCUGCCUCCCAGGAGCUGAGCACAUUGGGGCUGGUGAUGCGUGUCAGCCAACCCCAGGCUCCUGCCUUCGGAGACUGCGAAGUCCGUCCAUCACAGUACUGGGGCUCCCCUUCCUGGCUGCUGUCACGGUGAAUCUCAUGAGGACAGGUCUCGCACCCCAGCUUAGUUGCACCCACCAGACUCCCUGAGGCCACCCAGGAAGCACCCUGGGUGGGAACGCUGGGUGGUCCUAUCCCCUGGUCCUCAGUCUCGCCCUGAGGGAUGGGGGGAAAGGCCUGAACCCGAGCAGGAGGUGGGGGGUGUGCCCAGUGUCCUGGUUCAUCUGCACCGGAACUGCUGAAAAUGCCUUAGAGCAGGCCCUCCCACAGCCCAGGCUCUGGUGCCUGAGGGGCUGCGGGGCUGUGGCUUCAGGCAAGCGCUGGCCAGUGGGGAAGCAUGGAAAGCUUGAUGCCCGGCUCUUGGGGAGCCCAGCACUGUUCUGUAGGGGAUGGUGCCCCUCACGGUACACCCCAUCCCAGGCUGCCUCUGUCGGCAGGGCUGGGCCGGCUUCUCUGUCCACACUUACCUCCUGUCAGAGCACAGGCCCAUAAACUUGGAGCCUUUGAGAGGAGACCUUUGCUUCGGUGUCCUCCAAGUCUGGGUGACUUCUGAUCACCUGGACAUGUUUGCUCUUGAGGCCCUUCAGCCAGAGAUGCCAGGUCCCAGAACUGCUGGGCAAGACCUCGGGGCCUUCUCUGGGGCCCAGACGGCAGCCAGCACAUGUUGGGCUGGGGCAUGGGGGAGUCAGGCUUCUAGAGGGCGGGUCCACCCCGCUGCCCCGUGUACUCCGCCUCUGCCCAGUGGUGCCCAGACCCUGCACGGGUUUCCUGCUCUCCCGGACUUGGCGGCAUUGAGUCUCCGCUACACCCGCACUGUGCCCAACACUCUGCA